ACGUUCUGUAUUGUGCAUGAGAGAAUUUCGUUUUUGUGAUUUUUUUUUGUAACAAUUUUCGCGUUCGAAAAGGCCUCGGUUAAUUAAAAGGUAAAUAAUAUUUUUGAAUUGUAACAGCUAGUGAUAAUAUUGCAUCGUAUCGAGUCAUUUUUAUUAAACGAAUUUGUUCAAGAUCGUCCAGACACAAAAGAUAAAUACGCAUAAUGUUCAUUUGGGACUGGUUUACAGGUGUAUUAGGUUAUCUAGGUUUAUGGAAAAAAUCUGGUAAACUCCUAUUUUUGGGUCUUGAUAAUGCGGGCAAGACGACAUUAUUGCACAUGCUGAAAGACGACAGACUCGCUCAGCAUGUACCGACCCUGCAUCCAACUUCCGAAGAAUUAUCGAUAGGAAAUAUGAGAUUCACAACAUUCGAUCUUGGAGGCCAUACCCAAGCUCGUCGUGUAUGGAAAGAUUAUUUUCCAGCUGUUGAUUCAAUCGUAUUUUUGGUUGACGCAUGGGAUCGAGGACGUUUCCAAGAGAGCAAAAACGAAUUAGACUCACUACUUACAGAUGAAGCGUUAGCAAAUUGUCCAGUUCUUAUUUUAGGUAACAAAAUUGAUAAACCAGGUGCAGCUAGUGAAGAUGAAAUCCGAAAUUUCUUCGGUUUGUAUCAACUAACAACAGGGAAGGGAAAAGUGUCACGUGCCGAAUUACCGGGACGUCCACUAGAGCUUUUCAUGUGCUCGGUGCUGAAGAGACAAGGCUACGGAGAAGGUUUUCGCUGGUUAGCUCAAUACAUUGAUUAACUUCGUCGUUUUUAUUUGUAUACCAUCAUCAAAAACAAA